AUGCGCAUGGUCGCAGUGACCGAGUUCGACAAGGACCCCAAGGUGACGGCGGAUAUGAUCAAGAUCGCAACACGAGUGGAGUGCACGGGCAAGAGGGGCAGGUCGGCGGGGAAGAAGGCGAUGAUGGUGACGGUCGCAGAGGCCCUGUGGGACAUGCUCUACGCUGACGACGCGGCCAUCGUCUCGCUCACGCCGGAGAGCCUCGAAAAGAUGAUGUCCAUCAUCGUGCGCGUGGCCGGCCUGUUCGGACUGAUGGUAUCGGAGCCAAAGACGGAGAUCAUGUGCAUGCUACCGAAAGGGCUGGGGGAACGCCCGUUCGCGGUCAGCGCCGCUGGCCAGACGU